AUGGAACCCGCUGGAUGGCAUUGCUUGCUCUACGCAGUCGUGUAUGCGACGAGUCUCGCCGCUCUCAGACGUGCCCGCGACCAAUUCCACAGUGUGGUCUGCGGAGCUGUUGGGACGUGUUUUUGUGACAGGCGUUUGGCAUGGACUCUGGUGCGCUCUCUGCCAAUGGGAGCGUCGGUGGAAUGGCAGUUCGCGACAUCGCAUGACGCCAGUCUGCACGAAAAGACAGUGCUCAGAGGGGAUGGUUCGCCACCAGCAAGAUGUGUUCUGAUUUUAUUCAAAUCGGGAGCUAAGCCACCCGAUGUAAACUAUCCCAUUGUGCCUGUUUUACGAUUUUUGGAUGAGUCGAUUGAAAAUAUGUGCCUUCCUGGUGAUGGGAAUGAGCCGUCAGACAACGAAAUGGUGCCAAUUGUAGAAGCCAAGACGAUGCGAUUCAAGCGAGUCCAACAGACGACUAACUGCGACGUAACUUACAUGUGGUCGCUUUACCGAAGAACGCAUCAUCCCGGCGGACACAUGGUCCUCGAGUACAAAGAUAACUCCAGGCAAAAGGUGGCAGCUGAGAUUCGCGUAUCCGUGCAAAUGUCCUCUCGUUCUCGUCCACCACAAUUCGCUAGGUGUCCAAUCAUCCCACGCAUGCACACACACACACACACAGAUAAUGAAAAAACGGCAGGUCCGCCCCAACCUUCCGACUUCGCCGAGGCAUUGUUGCUUCGUCCGCAGUUACUUGACCCAACACUGCUAGUUCAAGUUCCCAAUCGCCUACAGCGCACUCGUAACACUCACCACGUUAGUUUUUAUCUAUCCUUUGUUUUACUUAUGAUUCUCGCCCAGCGCUACGUGCGAUUCGCUCAAUGGACAAGCAAGGCGCCUGUUCCCAUCCCCUAA